UAUCGAUCAACCAUCUACUCUUGCUUCUUGCGUGCCCUUGUCGUUUUCAUGGAGUUCAUCAUUCGAAACGUAGACUUCGAAGCAACUGAUUACGAGGUCACGAAAGCGAUUGCAGAGGUUUUGCAUGCGUGCCCCGGUCCAUUUGUGUCGGAUGCCGAUGCCCAGCAACGACUUAUCAACUUCAGAGUCGCGCUGGAAAAGAACGAGUGCGGAGGUGUUCGUAACAAAGGUUUCGGGUCACUCAGACUGCCUUCCAAAGACGUGGGGCUGAAAUUCCGUCGGCUUGUUGACGGCGAAGAUGGUACCACCAUCAAGGUCGGCAAAAAGCGUCUGAAAUUCAUCCCUACAAACAAGCGCAUCCCAAACGACAUACUAGUCACCCUUGCAAAGGCCCCAUACGUGGACCCUGAUAUCGCUCAGAACCGGCAGGAGAAGAUCGAUGCGUUAAGUUCAGACUUUCGAAUCGCUACAGUGCAAAUUGGCACAUUUUAUCGCCCUCACGGUGCUAGCCCAUCGGAUCCACGUGCCUUCAGCGUGGAAUGGCAGUCCAAUCUUCUCGAUGGGCUUGGGUGGUUGAAGUUCGAAUACGAGCACAAACUGAUCCGUGCGAAGGUUGGUGAUCCGGCGCGAGGACAACUGUUGCACAGCCUGAUCAUUACGUUCGCCAAUAUCCACAAGAUGGCUAUAGGCUACGAUUUUGGUAAUCAAUACAUAUGUUUCGAUCUGUUCACACCUCCAAUAGUCGAAAGAGAAGACUUCAAUAGAACCCUUACCGGAACACGCACCGAUACGAAGAAUUACCGCGAACGCGUCAGUGCUAUACAUCCAGGACAUGAGCAAAUUGCUCCGUACGCUCACCACAUACGCAUCAUCCUCUCCGAGCCAGGAGAUUUGGAUAAGUUCAAGCAGUUCUGUAAAAUAGCAGAGCUUCGUCCUCCGGUGGAAGGGGUCCGCAUCGAAGCCAUUUGCCAGGGAUUUUUCACGAGUAAAAAGCUGGCCUUGGUGCAAAGAUGGCUGAGAUCGUUGAGCUCAGACUGGCCUGUAGCAUUUCAGAUCGAGGCUCUGCUCCGAAAUGGUGUUGCAAAUACAAAGGAACUCGAGGAUUUGCGCCCGAGGAUUGAUGAACUGGUUCGCCGCCACCGGCCAUUUGCUGCAGCCAUCAUGCGGUUCUUUGUGGUAAGAGCCGCCGCUCGUCCUCCAAGUCAAACAAUACACAAGUGCUUCGAGCUUGUGGUACAACAGAAGCUCGGCAAUGUCCGUCCCGAGGCGCCCGCUGGCCGAUUUUAUUGUCAUCGUGUUACAGUCACUCCGACCCGGCUCAUCCUCGAAGGGCCCAACAUACUACAAUCGAAUCGCGUUAUUCGCGAAUACGAAGGCUAUGAAGGCAACUUCAUCCGAGUCGACUUUCGUGAUGAGGAUCGUCUCCAGUACCGUUGGGAUAGGGAAGUAGAUGGGGCGAGCUUUGUCAGGUGCCGUGUCGGGGACUUGCUGAAGGAUGGUUUUGAGCUUGCGGGCAAACAUUUCGAAUUUCUAGCGUAUUCCUCAUCGGCAUUGAGGGAGCAUGCUGUUUGGUUCGUUAGCCCCUUCCAGCACGACACCAAAGGGCUCAUCGACGCGCAUACAAUAAGAAGCAGCUUAGGAGACUUCAGCGGAUGCAUUUAUUCCCCCUCGAAGUAUGCUGCCCGGAUGGCUCAAGCCUUUACGGCGACGGAUCCAUCGGUCAAGAUCCUUCGGUCGCAGUGGUCGGAAAUGCCUGAUAUUGUCGAAAACGGUGUCAUGUUUUCUGACGGUGUCGGCACCAUCAGCGAGGAACUUGGUAAUUUAAUCUGGAAAACUCUCUGUGACGCUCGACGAGAUGGCGGUGCGAAUGCAGUGAAACCUUCGGCUUACCAAAUCAGAUUCCUUGGCUUCAAAGGCGUUGUAGCUGUUGACAUGCAACUCAAGGGAAUUCACCUUUGCUUACGAGAAAGUAUGAACAAGUUCAAGGAUCACGGAGAAGAUUCUGCUAUGAUAGAGAUUGCUCGUCCCGUCGUGAAACCCAACACUCCUCAUCUUAACAGACCUUUGAUUACAGUUCUAGAAGACCGGGGUGCCUCAAAAGAUACGUUUUUAGAGUUGCAGCAAAAGGUUGUUGCGGAGGCACGCACCGCUCAUGACUCAGUUGAACUCUUUGCGGCGCUCCUGGAAAGCCACGGAUUGUCUCCAUCUUUCCGACUGGCAUCAACAUUACGGAAACUUAAUACCCUCGGUCUGGAGUUGAAGCCUACACCUCUCCAGCAAAACAUCGACACCCCUUUCUUGACACAAUUGCGAGCCUGUGCCAUUAACCACGUUCUACGAGCAGUCAAACAUGAUGCACGCAUUCCAAUUCCUAACAGCUACAUGCUGAUGGGUGUCACGGAUGAGGGACCUGCUUACGAGAAAAACGGCCACUCGAAUGUCUUCAAGCUGCCUCCCGGUAAGAUAUAUGCGUGUAUUCAAAAGCCAGGGGAUAAUGCGCCUACGUGGCUUCAUGGUCCUUGUAUGGUCUCGAGGAGUCCUGUUAUACAUCCAGGCGACGUUCAGCAGUCAUAUGCCAUCGGAAAACCUCCAAGUGAUAAAUUUUGCCUUUUUGGCCACCUGAAGAAUGUGGUUGUGUUUUCAUCCACUGGUACAACUUGUUUGCCAAACUCACUCGGCGGUGGUGAUCUUGAUGGCGAUCUCUAUGAGAUCAUACAACACCCGCCCUUGAUCCUCCCGGAUCAUUAUGAUCCAGCAUCCUAUCCUACCGGGAAGCCUUUUACGAUCGAGCGACCCAGCACAAUUGACGACGUGUGUAAUUUUGUUGUGGAAUAUAUCAACUCAGAUCUUGUGGGCCUGGUGUCCGACAAGCAUAUCACCAUUGCAGAUCAAGCUAGCGACGGAACGUUCAAUGAGAGAUGCCUGAAGCUCGCAGCGCUUCAUAGCCAAGCCGUUGAUUAUCCAAAGAACGGAUGGAAGGUCGAUAUGGAAGAUAUUCCUCAUAACCUCAUCCCCUACAAACCUGAUUGGCAUGCAGCAGAGGUGGAAUCUCCCCGACCGACAGAUUAUUAUGAGUCCGACCGCGCCUUGGGCCACCUAUAUCGCAACAUCAAGCUCGACGACAUACCCACCUACGUUCCUCAACAGCUAGAGGAGCCACUGAGUGAUCUGAUCUCAGUCACACUUCGUCCUUUAGUCGAACGACAACUACAGCGUCGUGAGAAAAUUUCGAUGCUCAAGAAUACAAUGGACGGCAUGAACAGCAUAUACUCUGCGUACCUGGACGAACUCAUCUACGUUGCAACCUGUCAUACACUAUCACGAGUACCCGGUGCGCGCCUGCGCGAGGAUGAGAUCAUCAUCGGCACUAUCCUGGCCAAGUGCUCACAGAAGCGAUACAAAAGUGAUCGGAUGUAUGCAAUGAGAGAGUGCAUUGCUGUCCUCGUUCGCGAUAUUCGAGGCAGAAUGCUACCAAAGAGUAUGGAGCACGCGUCGCCUGAUGAACUGCGGGAUGGCUUACAGAACGGAUGGUCUGCUUGGGUACUAAGUCGCGAGAAGGGUAAAGAGGGUUAUGAGAAGGGAAAAGAAGGUUAUGGCGCGCAAAGUUUCGGUUUGGUUGCGUUGGGAGUCGUGCUGGACUGUCUGGAUCAGUUGCAGGAGCUACCCUCACCGCCAUCUUAGGGUUAUCAUUGUACGAUGUACUGGCUCAGCUGAUAUCUACAAGCACUACGGAAGGAUUGGCGUGAA